CCGAGGAGAGGAGACCGCUUCUGAUUGGUGGGGCCAAGUUUGGCGCCAGCUUCGGGUGUAUGCAAAGCUCGAGAGAGAGCGCGCGCGCGCGCUGGUUGCGCAGCGUUUGCUUGACGGGGGUUUGUUCUCUACGGGUGACGGGGAGGGUCAGAGCGUGGAGGGUCGCGCUGACAGCAGGAGCCGCUCGGGUCCGCUCCCACCCCACGCCGGCCUCAUGGAUCCCAGCCCCCCCCCAGCGAGCUCCCACCGCCGCCGCCUCCUCCUGCCGCAGCUCCCGGCCGCCGGGCCCGGCGUGGUGAAGUCCCUGUUCCCCGCCGAGCUCUCCCCGGUCGCCGGCCUCAGCCUCACCAUGAAGCAGCUGCAGGGCCUGGGCUACAGUCAGUAUGAGAAUUCCGUGCAAAUGCUGGGAAUGAGGAACAGUAACAAUCUACAAAGAACAGACUCAUCAGAAUCUACUGAUUCAGGCUACUGUCUGGAUUUUCCUGAUCCCCUGAACUCAGACAUUGAGGAAACCUUUGAGAAAAGGGUUAUAGAAUCUGGCAGACUUUCCAAUAUUCAGUUACCCAUCAGAAGAAUACGUUCCCUCCCGCAGAAGCUUCUGGGGUCUAGUCCUGCUCUGAAGAGGAGCAACUCAGAUUCAUUGGAUUGUGAUGUUUUUCACCUGAUUGAACCAGAUGACAACAAAGAGAAUGAGUCCUUUGAGUUUAAGAAGCCAACCAGGCCUGCUUCUCGUAGUUGUCUGCGUAUCCGUUCCCUUGAAGAUGGAAAAGAUGUUUUUGGGCAAAGACAGAACUCUGCCCCAGCUCGAAUGUUUCCCACUGGUGAAGCCCCUGAAGGUGACUUGGAAAACUAUAGGCCUGCUUUCAUGCAGCAGUCAUCUCUAUCUUCCCCUGACACUGAGGAAGAAGAUGAUGGAUUUCUAGAUAUAUUGGAUGGGGAGGACUUGAAGAACGAUGAAGAGAUGCCAUCUGGUGUGGCAAGCCUUUGGACUGCUCCACUGGUCAUGAGAAAAGCAGACAACCACAUUAAACGGUGCCGAUUGUUUGGAUCACCAUCUCUGCCCCCCAAUGGUGUGGCUAGGAAUGCCCUGAAAAGAAUUGAAAGGUCCCAAGAAGAGACCUCUCCAGGAAACAGCAAAAGGAGGAAAAAUGUGCCUGGAACACCCUCUGAAGAAGCAAUAAGUCUGAAACUAAUUAGGACUCAGUCAUCCUCAGAGAUUGAGAGCAUUUUGGACAAUGACCAAAGGAAUCUUAUUGGUGACUUCUCAAAGGAUUACCUUUUCCACACUGUAGAUGGGAAGCAUCAAGAUUUAAAAUAUAUCGACCCAGAAAUGAUUGUAUCCGUGCUGACUGGGAAGUUUGCAAGCUUCAUUAAGGAGUGUGUGAUAAUUGACUGCAGAUAUCCAUAUGAGUAUGAGGGAGGCCAUAUCAAGGGUGCUGUAAACCUCCACAUGGAAGAGGAUGUGGAGGAUUUCCUGCUGAAGAAGCCUAUCAUGCCAUCAGAAAACAAACGAGUAAUAAUAGUAUUCCACUGUGAGUUCUCCUCAGAGCGGGGUCCCCGAAUGUGCCGGUUUGUGAGGGAGAGAGACAGACUGGGGAACGAGUACCCCAACCUGCAUUACCCAGAGCUCUAUGUGCUGAAGGGGGGCUAUAAGGACUUCUUCUUAAGAUGCCGAAACUAUUGUGAACCCCAGAGCUACCGCCCCAUGCACCACGAGGACUUUAAGGAAGACUUGAAAAGGUUCCGCACGAAAAGUAGAACAUGGGCAGGUGAGAAGAGCAAAAGGGAACUGUACAGUCGCCUGAAGAAACUCUAAGGGCUGUAUCGGUGGGCAGCAGAAGACUGCUCACCAUGUAGGAAAACAGAAGUGGGAGGCGAGAAGAGUGUAUCUGUUCCUUGGUCAUGAUUAUCAUGCACCAGCUCACUCCAUGGACAUCUUCGCAUUCUUGUCAGUCUUGCUGGAAGUGAUCAGAGAAACAAUAUGGAACACUUUUCUAUUCACCAUGCUGCUCAUGUGGACCUAAUGAUCUGCCUGCUGACUGCAAAGAUGACUUUUCUGUAUGCCUUCCUCAACAUGGUUCAUGGAAAUGGAUUCUCCUCUUCUAUGGCAUAUGUAGAAACAGCUAUCCAACCGCCUACUGUAGGUGCGGUGGCUUGAGCUGGCAUGUGCCAUGUAAGUGUUAAUGGUGAGAUUAUUUUAGUGCUUGUUUUAAAACUAUGCCUUAUUUUAUUAUUUAAGUACAGUCGAAUGAAGCUAAUACCACUGCAGGUGAGUCAUCUGGAUUGCACUGAGACCUCAUUUCUGCUAACAGGCAACCUACCAUGGGGUUCUCAAGUCUUUCAACCACAGCGCUGAUUGGUUUUUGUUGGCAGUGUAAUGCACUGUAGUGAAGUGGGAUGUGGAGAGGUGCUUCCCUAUGAGGUUUUUCACACAACGAAAAUGCAACACCUACAGGAAGCCUACUGACAGUAUAACGGGAAACUGCUUGUUGUGCAGAUAUCAUGUUUUUAAUUUAUUCUGUGACCUAGGUUGCUUUAUUUUAUAUUUUAACUUCAGGAACGUCUCCUUAGCUGUUUCAUUAAAUCUGAAGAAACCACCAUUUCAAAGCAGGCAGAAUUACUGCCAGUUCCCGUAAGCCAGAGAACAGGUUGCUUCUGGUGAACUCUGAAAUGCUAGGUGGCAAACCUGAUUAUGUAUUUAGCGUUGCCAAAUUGAGCAGUGGUGGAGCAGCAUGUUGCUGCUUCUUUCAGUUCUAGUUAUUAUCAUGGUUUAUAUCUGGAAGAGAACCUGGCUAUGUGGAAUCAUGCUUAUCCUGUCAUUUGCAAGUUGAUUUGCUUCUCAGUGAAACUUCAGCCACCUCCCACUGUGCAACUCUGCUAAAACUACUUCAGCAGCUAUGGAUUUUUUACUUCAGAUGUUUACAACUGAUUUGUUGGAAGGACAAAGCAAGAGAGGAGCCUACAGCCAAUGAGCUUUCACCAUCAGUAGUUAGUUGAUGCUGGUAAAAGGAAAAACUUUCAAAGGCCAGCUUUGUGGCCUCCAGUAAAAUAAACAGCUAAAUCCUAGAAAUUAGCUACCCAAAAAAGUCUGAGGAUCCCAUGGCAAGAGAUUGGGCCAAUGUUAAACCUGUUCUAGUUGCUUCUUUGGCAACAUGUAAAGCAUGUCUAGCAAAUGCUAAAGCAGCCUAAUGACUUAGCAUGUGAUCUGGCUCUCGCUUUGAGCACAGCGAGACUGUAGUAUGCUGGUUUGGCAAUGGCUCUGCUUCCCCAUGUGCCAACAUAUCAUCAGUGAAAGCAGCCUUACUUUCCAUAGAUUCCCAAAGACUCUUAUUUUUACCUUAGCAGAAAUCCCAAAGUGCUUCAGAUGGCUUGACUUGUGGCCUUCAGGUCAAUGUUACAAAAAUGGUAUUUACAUCAGAGUACAGCAUGGGGAAGGUUUUGUGGCGUUUUAUUUUGUUUUUAAGUUUCCGAUUUCCUAAGGUCUACUGUUCAAGUUUUAUUUCUUUAAGUUUCAAAAAGAUUACGUAACACUUUUUUUAAGUUAAGUCUCUUAUGGGUGGAUUAAUAAGUGUUAAAUCAGUGCUGGUGAUUUACCAAACUUAUAAUAAAACAACAGGAGGGAAGUUGUAUUCCACAUCCUCGCAUGGCAUUUUGUAUUAGGAAUUUCUGUAAGAAGCCCAGUGAAAUGACUUAAAUCUAAACUUCCUGAAUUAUGUGUCAGUAUUAAAUCUGGGAAGGGGAAAGUUGUUAUGCAAUCCAAUCAGUAAUCCAUUUGUCUGAAGCUACCUUCUGGUAGAUGAUUACCUUCACUGUAUGCAGGUGAUCAGUAUGUACUCAAAGCUGCCAACUUAGCAACAUAUCUGGGUAGUAAAUCUGACACACAUUCCUCCAGUGCAGCAUGGUAAACAAAUGUCAUGUAUGUAACAACUGUGAAGCUGCAAGUCCCAUCCAAAAAAAGCAGGUGGGAGACUGUUUGAGUAACGUGUUUUUUCCCCCCCAUUUGAAAGGGGUCAUUCACCUUUCGUUUCUUGUGUAACAAUAACCAUUAUAGCAAUCUGUGGCUUUACAAUUGUAUUUCCUGAGAAUACCCCCAACUUCCUGGUAUUCAGGAUAUUAAAUGUGUGCUGAGUGUCGCUGUUUAACACUGCUGUACCACACUGUUAAUUAGUGGCAGUGUUCGGUUUGAGUUAAAGUUCCAUGUAACCUUGUUUGGGGGAGUGGAAAUACAAAACUUUGUUUUAUACCUGACCUUGUUCUUUUGUAUGUACCCUGGUUUGAGGAUUUUGUGUGGGUGGGAGGGAAGUUGUACGAUGUACAUGGUCCUAAAUAGGAUCUGUACUAAAAAGAGCCUGCAUCUGUAAUAGACUCUUGCAGGCUGAGGGAAUAAACUACCUAAAAUCCAA